AGCUACUUAUCACUGCUUUAAGGAAAAGAUUGCGGAAUGGCCCAGGACACUGCAGUUCCCCAUCUGAACUUUGAAUAUUGGUUGGAUAAAGCUAUUCAGUGGGGUCAAGCGACCACAUUGGAAUCCCAGAAGGAUGUGUGCCUUCACUUGCCCCAGCUCCAGGAGUUUCUGCAUCAGAUUUAUGAAACUUUAAAACAUCUGGAUUCAAUUGUAGCAAUCCAGCAGUUCCCUUUAAUUGGCCAACUUCUAGGAAGGCUUUGUUGGAAUCCUUUUGUUAUAGGAUACGAUGAAAGCCAGAAGACUCUGAUGUGGUGCUUAUGUUGUCUAUACAGCAGUGAACCACAGAGCCCCGUGGAAUUGAAGGCCAACAGCUGGAUACGGAAUUUGCUGUGCCAUCUCCUUUCUUCUUCUAAGUGGGAAAGUAAUGAAGCUGAAACCAGUACAUUCAUAUCAACUCUUGGCUACACGUCAGCAGAUUAUUAUUGUCACUUAGUUAAAAAUAUGGUAUUUUCAUUAGUAACAGAACUCAGAGGAAAUCAGUUCAAUGGACUUAACAUUCAAGAGAGAGUUUCAGCCAGUCGUGUGAAUGCUGUGUCCCUUUUCUGUCUCCCUCUUGUUACUUUGCCUGAUCUAACUCCGUUGCUGGAAACUCUCCUUCUUUACCAUGGAGGUGCAUCAAAAGAAAUUCUCAGCUCAGAGUUCCUGGAGGCUGUGAAUGAUGCCUUUUUAAGGAAGAAGAUCUCCCUCCCUGAAUCGGCUAUCUUCAACCUCUGGCUUCGUCACUUGCCAAGCCUGGAAAAAGCUACAUUAUAUCUUUUAGACCAGCUGGUUUCCAUUCAGUUGAUUUCACUGGAAGAAGUGGCUUGUGUCAUAAAAGAUUCGUUACUGCCACAAGCAGCAAGCCAUCCUGCUGUUUUCAGAAUUGUUAAUGAAAUUUUCAAGAAUGCACUGCUGGAAACUGAUGGAACUCCAGAAGUUAUGACUAUAAUACAGGUGUUUACGCAGCUCUUCCUUCAGGCUCAUCAGAAUGAAAACAAGCAG